GUGUAAUGUUUAUGUUUUGCAAACCAAUGCUAGCUGUUGCUUUAUUAUAAAAUAAAUGAAAUAAAAUAAGUUGCGUGCUCCAGGUAACCUUUUGACCCGGCGCUUCCAUAUAUAUAUAAACUAAUAAAUAAAAUAAAAUAAAUAAUCAAAAUAAAUAAAAUAAGUAAAGUAAAAUAAAUAUAAUAAAGUAAAAUAUAAUGAAAUAAUUAAUUUGUAUGCAGGGGUCAAAGGGGUCUCGAGGACCUGCAGGGGGGCGGGGUCACCUGGGUGCCGCGGGGCGGUCCGGUCUGACUGGAGAGCCCGGUCUCCCUGGACAAGUGUACGUCCUCCCAGGUCUACAGGGGGACACGGGACCCCGAGGGCCCGCAGCCACGUGCAGCUGCUCACGGGGCCACGCCCCACAGAGGCUGGUGGACAGAGUCCCGACGAUCUUCCUGGCGGGCGGCGAGAGCCAGAUGAGGCGUCUGCGGGUGGAGAACGCGAUGGUGCUGAGGACCGACAGAAGAGCUCUGUACAUCUACUCCGACUCCCAGUGGAUCAACGUGUUGGACCCCGCUGCUUUCUACACAGCCGGACGUGACCCCGAGCGAGAGCCGUGACGCCGUGGUUCCACUGGGAAGCCGUUGGUGGAGCGCUCUGCCAGCUGCAGCUGAGCCUCAUCCAGCUGCAGCUGAGCCUCAUCCGUGUGGAUGUCUCAGUUUAACUUUCCACGCAUGCGCCUCGCCGCAGCACCCCGAGGUCCUCCGGACGGCCUCUGGAUUCAGUUUCAUUAAACGGUAGAAUCUGCACUUUG